UUCCAUUGUCCAGUUUGUCAGAUUGUGGGUGAACCGUCAUGAGGAGACUGUUGCUGCUUGGGGUGACAGCCUUCUGUCUCUGUGUGUUUGUCGCCGCUGACACACAGCUCGACCGACAGGGAGACAAAUCUUUCCCGGAGAGGGAUGGAGUUUUACAGCUGAAGAAAGGAAAUUUCAACAGGGCACUGAGAAAAUACAAGCAGCUCCUGGUGUAUUUCUAUGCUCCUCUAUCUGGACAAGGCCAUCGUGUAUCAGCAGCUUUUGAAGGUGCUGCUGCAGAGCUUCAGGAGUCUGAGGUCAAACUGGCAGUCGUCGAUGUGGCAGAGGAGAAGGACCUGGCUAAGGAUCUCAACGCCACAAGUCCCCCAACAAUCAGGCUGUACCUCGCUGGAGAUAAACACAACCCCAUACUCUGCCCUGUUCCUCAGAGCUCGGCCUCCAUCUUGACCUGGCUGAAACGGAGGGCGGGGUCUGCUGCUGACCUCAUCACUGAUCUUAGCCAAUCAGAGGCCUCAGAGGAGCUGACAGUGGUUGGAUUCUUUAAGGAGCUGGACCACGAGUACGUCCAGGUGUUCUACACUGCAGCCAUUGACCUUCCUGACGUUAGCUUUGCUGUGACACAGACCAGUGAGGUUAUCAGUAAAUAUGGUCUCACACACGAUGUUGUGCUGCUGCUCAAAAAGUCUAAGCUCAUCCAGGCUUAUAAAAUGAUGCCUCAGACAUCUAAAGAGGAGCUGAUCAUCUUUAUCACUGUCUACCAGAUGGACCCAGUCACUGAGUACACCGGAGAGACAGCCACUCACAUCUUAACCUCACCUGUGUUAAACCAUGCCCUCCUGUUUGUCAACAAAAGCUCUGCAGACUUUAAAGAGAUUUACUCUGCCUUUAAGAGUGCUGCGGAGCCAUUCAGGUUGAAGAUUUUGUUUGUGUGGGUGAACGUGGAUGAGCCUCGUAAUGGCAGGCUGAUGGAGUACUUCCGAGUGCGAGAUUUAGAGGCUCCUCUCAUCCGGAUGGUCAACCUGACGGACCAUGUGACCUAUCACCUGCCCUCUGACACUCUGGACGUAGAGACCAUAAAAAAAUUCUGUCAGUCCUACCUGGACGGCAAGGCCAAGCCUAAGAUGCAGAGUGAGCUGAUACCUGAGGGAUGGGACAAAAAGCCGGUGAAGGAGCUGGUGGGAAUGACUCUGGAGAAAGUUGCCUUUAACCCAAACAAGACUGUUUUUGUCCUGUUCUAUCUGCCCUACAGUCAGGAGUCCCGCGCUCUGUUCCCCCUGUGGGAGGAACUAGCCGAGGCCUUACAGGAGCGAGAGGACGUGGUCGUCGCUCGCAUCGACGCCUCAGCCAACGACAUCAACAUGUCGAUGCAGGGAACCUACCCAUCGCUCUGCCUGUUUCCUGCUCUGUAUGCUGAAAGGGUGGUGGUUUACACUGGAAAAAGAAAGUUGAAGGACCUAGUCAGGUUUAUGGAUAAAGAGAUGGAAAAGGCCAAAAAAUACAGAGUUAAGGAGGAUGAGGACAGGAGGAAGUACAUAGAGACCAUAAAAGCUGAAGAGGCAAAAAAAGCCAGCAAAACCAAAGAAGAGCUUUAAUACAAGAACAAAGAGAAUACAGUGAGUGUGUGUGUGUGUGUGUGUGUGUGUGUGUUUGUGUGAGAUACCUUUUAGCCAGUACUUUCUAAACAUGGAAACAUAGAUCUGGUUUUAUCUGUUCGACAGAGCUGUCACUGACUGUCUGUCCAAUCAA